AUGGCAAGACAUGUAGGUACGGUACAAAGUAAUAAAGAUAUUAAUGGGUGGAAAAAGAUUAUUACCGAGUGCAAGAGCGAGAUAAAAAGAAAACUAGCUCACAACAAAAUGGAGAGUCGGACAACUGGGGGUGAACCCUUCUCCAAAUACCAGCUGACCCAAACAGAGGAAACCAUUGUGCGUUUAUAUGGCAUUGCGCAGACAGUGGAGGGUAUAACGGGCGUUUCACUUGGCACCCAUUCAGCAAAUGCAUUUGUAAGUGACGCUGUUGUAGAGGCGGAUGUGGACAUGGAUAUGCCCUCCACAUCGGAAAAGCGAAAAACUGAAAAUGCAAACAAUUGCAGUACACCGAAAAGGCAAAAAUCGGAGAGCUUAUCGGACCGCUUAAAAAGAUUUUUGGACGACGAUAAUAAUGGAAAAACUGAAACAAACGAAAAGCUCGAUGAACUAAUAAAUAUCCAAAAGGAAAACGCAAGCAGCUUGAGAGGUAUCUGCCGAACAAUUGAAAAGAGUAACGACUCCGUCGCAAAAGCUGUAACAGAAAUUAAAGACGAAUUC